AUGGAAGAAGGGGGCUAUUCAGAUCAAAAUUCAGACGAAAAUUCGUGAAUUUUAUGCCCUAUUUGCAAAACAGAGUUCAAUUCUCUUUUUAUACCUUAUGUUCUCAGCUGUGGUCAUACCUUCUGCUUUGCGUGUCUCAAUGAGAGAGCACCAAACUAUGUUUGUUUUAUUUGUAGAGAGCCAAGUAAGAAAAUCAGCCAAAAUCAUAUUUUACUCAAACUUUUGUCGAAAAAUGUUUCUCCGCCAAGCUUGACUUGCGAGAAGACUCAUUUAUCAGAAAUAAUCGCUUAUUGCUCAGUAGAUGAAAAGCUUCUUUGUCAAAACUGUUUGACAAGCCACAUAACCCACGACUUCAGCUCUCUAAAAAGCUCAAAAACUCAAGAAGUUAUAAAAUACAAAGAAAAAAUUUUCGUAGAAAAUGAACAAAAAGUAUCCAAACUUAUUACCUCAGUUCAGAAUUCUCUAAAUGAUAUAGCGGAAAUAAAAAAAGAAAACGAGCACAUAAAUAAAGUUCUAUAUAAAUUAAAUGAAGCAAAGGAGAUGCUCAUUGCAGAUAUCAUAAAAAAUACUUCAGCCUGUAUUAACGAAAUAGGGGUGAGUGGGAGCUUAAAUGAACUGGAAACAACAGAAAACUCAUUAAGAGUCUUUUUGUGUGAACUUUUAUCAAUGCAGCCAGAAAUAAGCGAUAACAGAACGAAAUUUUUGGCUGCAGAUGAUUUAGGAAAAUUAGGAUGAAAAAAUAAAGAAAUUUUAUUUAACUUCGUAGAGCCCAAGCCAAUUGAAAUUGACAAAACGAAAUUUCCAGCUCCAUUGUUGGGAUCAAUAAAUUACAUUGAAUCCAUAUUCAAUGGGCAUUUAUGCUUUAAAAAGAAACGGAAAAAAAUAGAAUAA